GAGCAGCAGUUUCAGGUGCGUGACGUGCUUGUUAUGGGACAAAUAUUUCUCAACACUUCAUUGACAGAAGCAUUCUGCAUGAGCAUUGUUGAAGCCGCAUCUUGUGGGCUUCACAUUGUUUCAACACGAGUUGGUGGCAUACCGGAAGUACUUCCAGAAGAGUUCAUCGUGACGAGACAACCAUUGGCUGAUGCAGAUCUAAGUGAUGCAUUGCUGGAGGCGAUUCGAUUACGAGAAGAGGGCCAGUUGAUGGCGCCCGAGGAAAAGCACGCCGCAGUCAGUAAUAUGUACCAUUGGCCGGAAGUUGCAAAACGAACUGAAAGAGUUUAUCGCUCGGCGCUUCGCUGUCCGCAAUUUUCUUGGUUUCAAAGAAUUCUGAGGUACUGUCACGGGGGAUUUGGGCUUGGCAUACUGUAUGUCUGGGCUGCCGUGCUGAACAUGCUUUUCAUCGUAGUGCUCGACUACUUCGAUCGAAUUCAGGCAAGCUUUGCAGAAAGUUAA